AUGCAGAGAAAGGCCUGGAAAUUCCAGGAGUUCGUGGCGCAUGUUCCAGGCGCAGUGACCACCUUGGCACUGGGCCGAAAGUCGGCGCGGGUGAUGGCCACGGGUGGGGAGGAUCGACGAGUGAAACUGUGGGCAGUGGGUAAACCAACAUGCAUAAUGAGCCUCUCUGGGCAUACCUCCUCCGUUGACGCCGCCCAAUUCAGUCCUGACGAGGACUGCGUGGCCGCCGGCUCCCUCUCCGGCUCCAUUCGUAUUUGGGAUCUGGAGGAAGCCAAGUGUAGGCUCACUUUUCCCUUUCCCCUCUCUGCCUCUUUCACUGGUUUUAGUCAGCACGAGCUUUCUGUUCAAUGGCGCGGUGUCGAUAGCAAUUUCGUUUUGAAACUCUACGAUCUUUGUCCACAGUGGAUGCCUCCUAUGACACCUCGCUGUGUGGCUCGCGCGCUUUCAGGGCACACCGCUUCUGUACAGUCGUUGGAUUUUCACCCUCAUGGAAACUUUAUCACAUCGGGAUCAGCAGAUUCGACUGUCAAGUUGUGGGAUGUGUCGCGGAAGGGCUGCAUCAACACCUUUCGAGGGCACACCGGCUGUGUGAACAUGGUCCGUUUCUCUCCCGAUGGAAAUUGGGUUGUUUCUGCUGGUGAUGAUGGUCAUGUUAAGGUAUGGGAUCUAGUGGCAGGCAAACAGUUGGCGGAGCUCUCUUGUCACACAGCACCGGUGACGAGUAUCGCUUACCACCCUACCGUACUGUUGCUGGCUUCGGCCUCUGCUGAUCGGACUGUGAGGGUGUUCGACCUUGAGACCUUCACCCAGGUCUCCGUCUCCGGCAUCGAACUAGCCGCCUCCGCAGUCCGACGCAUUGCCUUCCAUCCAGAGGGCCAGUGCCUCUACGUCGCUACAACCGAACAACUCAAGAUCUACCACUUUGAGACCAUGUCGUGCUUGGAGACAGUACAAGUGGGCUGGCGCGGCGGUGGCGGAGUGGUGGACAUGGCGGUGGCGCCGAGCUUCAACCAACUAGUGGGAGCCUCGCUCUCCGCCUCAGUGGUGGCCACCUAUAUCGCCGACGUGAAAUCCUGCGCCCCCUUUACCUCGCCAUUCCACCAACUCCGCUCCCAACCCUCCUCGCCCUCCUCUCCACAAAACCGCCGACUCGGCACUCAGGACGUUGACAGCGGUGGCGGAGGGAUUCUCACACCCAUUUCUCUCCCCUCUGCCGAUGAGCCUCUCCGGCCAGCUCAGCAAUUAGCCCGAUGUAAAAGUGAUCUGCGUCACACCCAGUCGGCCUCUAUCCGGAAGUCUUUCUCUUUCAAAGGGGAGACUAUCAAGCCUCGCGUUGUUCCCGCUUGUUGUGCGCAGGAGGAGUCGUCCACAGCGGCAAUGGAUAUUCCCUCGGAUGCUGACGAUUCGCGUCUUGUAAUCGAUGAUGUGACGGCCUACAAUCGCGUCUUCAAGCCCAAACGCGCAAUUGCGCGCAGUCCCACGCGCCCCAUGGCCGGUAGCAGUGGUACCAGGGCUCCGCCACCACCAUCACAAACGAAUGCGACCGUCAGACCGCCGCAAAAACCCUUUCGCGCGCCCUCCAGCGAGGGAGAGGACGAGGACAGUGGCCCUUUUUGUCCUCCGCCAAUGCUGCAGUCCAACAUUCCUGUGACCGACGCUGACACGACCGUUUGUGCAGAGAACGAUAAGUUGGAGAUCUCCGACUUCUUGCCUCUCAACGCGUCGGGCGGUAAAGGCUCCGACAUUAACGAUCCCUUCGCCAACAUGUGGAACAUGAUAGGUGAUGGCACCAUCGUGCCUUCCAAGACGCCGGUGCCACGCACCACUGCUGCCGCAAAGGAGACAGUGAACCGCGGUGCCGGCGGCGGUGAGAUGACGACGCUGCACCGGUUGCGAACUCCCCAUGCAGCACUGCUGGCGGUGCUGUCGGCACGGCAGAAGAGUCUCACCACGGUGCGCCUUCUCUGGCCCCGGGAGAAUUUGUGCGCCGCCCUCGAGUCGGCCAUUCUUAUGCAGGAUCAGGCUGUCUUUGUCGAUGUUCUCCGCGUUCUCCUCUCCUAUGGUAAGCAAUGGAGCCUAGAUCUGGUUGCCGUGCUACUACCGCAGUUAUCUAAACUUAUUUGGAGCAAAUAUCCCACGUAUGUGGAAACCACCUGCCAGGCUGUGCGACUGAUACUCAAAAACUUUGCCAACCUCAUUCGUCAGACCCUUAAUUCAGCUCAUGGAAUCGGUGUUGACAUAACCCAUGAAGAACGGCGAGCAAAGUGCCAAACGUGCGUGACCCACCUGGAGGCCAUCCGAUCUGCUUUCGACUCAAAAGACGUCGCUGCCAAGGCCGGACAAUACGGACGCGAAGUCUCUGCGUUGUUUUCCUUGCUCGAAUGA